UUGGCUUGAGCCCGGUCCUUUGCGGUAACCUUGAUAUUAUUGGGACGCAUCUGAAAAACAUUGGUAACGCCCGGAUAUUUUCUAAAAAGCGAAAGCCACGAUCGACCUAAGAUCGAGCUGCUUCGUUCGUGGCAUAAAAUAAACACACGGCUUACCCUCCCACGGCAGCGAGUAAGCUCGUGCUCGAUUUUGUCAGCGAGGCACUGUUAAUCAUUGGGGCACUACACGUGGUCUUCGAGGUCGAGGGUCUUUCGUCAAAAGUUACUUUUUAGUGGCCGGAGCGACCCUAGGGUGACCUUCAUCAUCAUCAUCAAGUUGGCCUUCUCUUUUAAGGGGCACGUCGUCGUGACAUGGCCCGGUCAACAAUAGAUUUCCAGGAAACUUGAUCCCUGGCUGCAGCUGCCCAUCCUUGUAGGCACUCUACCUCCGACAGGUAUCCCUUCACCUGAUCCAGCCAACGAACUCGCUGUGCUCCCCGACGCCUCGUGCCGAACUGAGGUCGCUGACGAAUAGCUUCUUGGCGGGCCAUGAGUCCGGCAUGCUCUUAACAUAACCCAGUCAUCGUAUCCUGCCGGUCUUCGCCACCGUCAGUAUGUCCGGUUCACCGUGAAAUAAUUAAAAAAAAAAAAUGCUGCACACUGUUUCUAAUCUUCACUCAUAACUAAUUACUGCUCGAUUUAUAAUUUGAGCCAAAAGGAGAAAAGGAUUAACGAAAAUGAAAUCGGAAAACAGCUAAGAAAAGAAAGAAAUGAAGCAUAGCUAAAAAAGGAAUGUGACAAAUUGAUCAAAGCUUAAAAGGAUGAACUAUUGAACCAGCCUAAUUUCUUAACCACCGAGCUUUUUCACAGAAUUUCGUUACACGUGAUGAAAACAUCACGUAUAACGUAUGAAGUUUUUCCUUCAAGAAAAAAUGCUUUUUAUCAGCAAAUCGAAAGAUUGCUACGUGUUGUGUGUGUUUUUUUAAAUUGUUGUAUGCUUUGCAUUCCUAAAGCUUUUAGGUUUGUAUGAUAUGAAUAUUUUAUUUGGUGGGUGUUUACAUUAUUUUUUUAUUUCAUUUUUACUACUUCUAUUUCAGAUCCUGAAUGAACAUAAAAUAAGUGAAAAAAGAGAACCUAGGGGUUCAAAAAUCUCUGGGACUAAAUUAUGUUUUCAAAUCAUAUAUCUGGCAAAAUUCGAUUUCUAUCGAAGGCCAAGGUCAAUAGCAACUAUGCUAUCUUUGAGUUUUCCAGGGUCACUGUAACAUCGUAUGAACUCUAGUCAGCUAGGAUUAUAUUUAAUCCUUCGUGUUUUACGUUUUACGAACGAGUCCCGAUUGAAAUUAUGCGAUGAACACCGAAUGAACACCACAACUGCCGAUGUCAGUCGAUGGGUUCCCGAACAGCUUGUGAGAGUAAGUCUUCUCCAGUGUAUAUCCUCGCUCGACCUGUGCUAGUUGUUCGCUGUAUCCUGGUUGCAUCAGUGUUUCAGCAGACUGUGAAUUCUCUGCACACGAGCUAGCCACAUUAGAUGGAGUAGUCGUCACAUUUUCUGUUAUGUUUGUUAUUUCUGUUAUUUUCUGUUAUUUAUUCCGCGCGCGUGACCCGUGGACUCGAAUGUUUGACUUGCAUUUUCGCAUACGUUAACCAGACGUACCUAUUCGAGCUAUUGAGCCCAGGAGCAGGGUUGUGACUUGGACUCGCCUAUCAACAUCAAUCAAUCGAACGACACUCAAAUCUAAACUGGAACUGCUCAUUUGAGUCUGGUGCAGGCUGCAACGUUUGCUACCGCGAAGCAUGGGUAUAAAGAGCUGCAGUUGUUAAUUUCCCAUUCACCACAUCUCUUAACUCCGCAGCACCAACAUCAAGUGUGUAAUUCCAACCAUAGCAAAAAUAUCACGCUGACUAGCGUGCAAGUGUUCAGCUACGAUUUUGCACCCUUUUGCGAGUGAAAAAGUGAAUGCCAUGAAGACCAAACCGUGUGGUGAAAUGGAGUUUUCAUUACAAUAGUUGAGGAGCAAAUUCCAAAUUCAAUCAGAAUCAAAUUAAUCGACCUUCUCGGAUGUAAGUGAAAAUCCCACGAGAGCGCAAGGUGAAAACAAAUGUAAAUCGUAAACUGCAAGUGCACGAAUUCAUCUUUCAGCACUGAAAGGAUCUUCAACGAUGAUAGUUUAGUGAGUUGUAAUGAUCCGGAAAUUGGUUAUAUGGAGCAAACCAACGAAGAUAACUUCGUCUGAAUAAUAAACUACCGCGUUCCGCGUUAAUAUUGGUCGCGUUCUAGUAGUCAUCAAUCACAGCAGCAUGUUUGUUAGCUUUUAUAGCGACCGGUAACAACGCCACAAUGGACCAAAACGGUGCAUGGAGAUCGUGCACUGACGCAGGAUCUCCAGAUUGCAAUUGGCGAGCGCAAAAUGAAUUACACAGAGUAAAAAAAUAGAAUACUCCAUCGUGUUUGGUUGCAUGGAUACGAAACACAUCCAUCGAAAGAAAAUGAUGUAGGCUGUGUGCCUGAAACUCCUAUUGUAACAGAACUCCAUAAUGCAUCUGGAGGUGGUGAAGGUGUUAAAAUAUUUGUCGUGAUUUAAAUGUUUGCGACAGCUUUCAAGUCUUGGGUAUUUUCCCAAGUUGAUGAAGUGAAUAUUUAAGUGUGUGUGUAUGUGUGUGUGUGUAUAUGCUAGUGUAUGUGUGAGUGCGUGAUAUUAAAUAAAAACUCUAAUGCCUAACAAUGAUAACAUAACGAUUUGGCAAAUUUUUGGCAAGCGUAUUGUAAUUUAUGCUAAACCGAAUCAAACAAUAGGUUUUGCGAAACUGGCAACAAGAUCGCGUGUAAUUUUCUCGCCGGGUAGUAAAAAGGAGAAAGAAAACAGUUAACUGUUUCGGUUAGUAGAUACUGUGAGCUUGAAAAGAAUUUGAGAGAUUUUCUGCCACAAUUCAUCAUAAUUCUGUUCUUUAUUUUUUAUCCUGUCAUUAUCUUCUCUUUUUGGUACGUUCAAAGACCACAAUAGAACAGUAUCAACUACCAGAUUGGCUAGAGCACCGUUGAAUAAUGAAUAAUGCAAGCGAGGUGUUUUGGGAGUUAUCGCAAUUGACAGCACUAACGAAUCUUACCUACUACAAUGAAUCUGAUGGAGCUGUUUCGGUGACGCUUGAUGUAAACUGUUGCACAAUUGUACCAGACUUCACGAACUACUUGGAGUCGCUGUCAAACGACAAAGCCGGUUUACUGGCAUUCUUGUUUCUCUUCUCAUUCGCUACCGUGUUUGGCAAUUCACUUGUGAUACUAGCAGUAAUUCGUGAACGGUAUCUCCAUACGGCGACCAACUACUUCGUAACCAGUCUGGCCGUGGCCGACUGUUUGGUCGGGUUAGUAGUGAUGCCCUUUUCUGCCCUUUAUGAGGUAUUAGAAAAUACGUGGUUCUUCGGAACAGACUGGUGUGAUAUUUGGCGGUCGCUGGACGUACUGUUCAGUACCGCCUCCAUACUUAACUUGUGCGUCAUUUCACUCGAUCGAUAUUGGGCAAUAACAGAUCCAUUUUCCUACCCGAUGAAAAUGACGCGCCGAAAAGCAGUAGCGCUAAUAGCGGCUGUUUGGAUUUGCUCAAGUGCGAUCAGCUUCCCAGCAAUACUGUGGUGGAGAGCAGUUCGUGAAGCGGAUAUGCCACCGUACAAGUGCACAUUCACGGAACACCUUGGUUACCUUGUGUUUUCCUCGACCAUAUCAUUUUACUUGCCGUUGCUAGUGAUGGUAUUCACGUAUUGUCGGAUAUACAGAGCUGCCGCCAUUCAGACGCGCUCACUUAAGCUCGGCACUAAGCAGGUGCUGAUGGCUUCUGGAGAACUGCAGCUCACCUUACGAAUACACCGUGGCGGCACAACGCGGGAACGCGUUCCACGGCUAACUGCUUCUGAUCAGCUACAGCAGCAACAGCAGCAAGAUCAAUUAAAACCACCUGCUCAUCAGCCCUUAUCCAGUCAGCAGCACACUCCACUGAACAACCCGCAUCAACAGCAUACCGCUAAUUCUACACCGGAAGAUCCUGACGAUGAACCACUAUCAGCGUUACAGAACAACGGACUGGCAGGGCGCCAUCGGACGCAUAUGGGAAAAAAUUUCUCUCUAUCCCGUAAGCUGGCUAAAUUUGCCAAAGAAAAGAAGGCAGCCAAAACGCUGGGCAUUGUUAUGGGAGUGUUUAUCGUCUGCUGGCUGCCGUUUUUUGUAGUCAAUUUACUAUCAGGUUUCUGUAUGCAUUGUAUCGCACACGAAGAGAUCGUGUCGGCAGUUGUGACCUGGUUGGGAUGGAUAAAUUCUAGCAUGAAUCCUGUUAUUUACGCCUGUUGGAGUCGAGAUUUUCGAAGAGCUUUCGUGCGGAUCCUGUGCGUGUGCUGUCCGAGGAAGAUAAGACGCAAGUACCAGCCGACGAUGCGCUCUAAAGCAUCACAGUGCCGAAAGGCUGCAGUCAUAGCCUCCUCGUCGUCUAGCUGUAGUAUAUUUGAUCAGGGCUAUCAGAGACGUAACAAUUGUCAGGUACUUGGACAACAAAAUCGAUCUGGGUAUCACCAUCAUCACAACUAUCGUCACCAUCGCCAUUACUGCAACAAUCACUACUACCGCCAACGGCCACGUCUGGUCGGAGUCACCUGUGACGGUGUUUUGGGUGGUGACAGUACUUUGCAUCAGCGAAAUAUACAACAGUCCGCACCCAUCACUGUGGCAUCAGCCAUUGCUACCAAUUCGGUUGCUGUUACAGGAAGCAGUACUAUCAGUCACUCUGUGAUGCCAGUGCAAAGACCAGCCUCCAUUACGUCCAUCAGACAACAGCGCGGUUGUGGUAGCACCGUGCCACGCUGCAGCUUCUCCACCAACUCUGGACUGCGCACCGGUAGUCGAAGGGUACAACGGCAGAUUUCGACCACGGAACAAGAACGGGGCCAAGUUUUCGACGACACUAGGGCUAGUGUGAACCGGGUGCCUCCUUAAAAAAUUAAAAAAUAAGCAAGUAAAUUCAACGCAUAUUUAUUUUUAUUUUUUCUAGCAGAACUCUUCCAAGAACUGAAAGCUAUUUCUACACACUUCUUUUUUUCUUAUUCCAUGAACUAGGCAAUCUGAGCAUUUGUAUGUUUUGCUGUUUACUACAUUGUUCAUCGCAACAUUAGUAAAAUACUUUUCCAUUUCUGUUUUCCUCAGUUAGUCGGUUAUUGCAGUUAUUGCAUUACAAAAUGAAUCAUAUUUUAUUUCCUUUUUUCCAUUUUUCACACAGAUACUAAGCCAAUUGUGUAAAAACUUAGUUUUUAUUUUUAUUUUUACCUAUAUCGUGGCCUGUGCAACUUAACCACAUAGAUAUGGCCUUACUACUGAGGUAGGUUCGGAUGAAAGUAUAGUUUAGAGUCGGCAGUGUAUAGGACCAAAAUUCAGGAACUUCAGAAAAUGUGGUCGCGGCUCCAUAAAGCAUGUAACCUCAUAUGUAUGUAACGACCAACAAUUCCAUCUAAUGCCAUUGAUAAUUGUUAUAAAUAUUCGAUGUACAAUUGCUUUGAAAAUAAUACUGUACAAAUGUACAGAAAUAAACAUAAAUGUAUAGAACAUCCAAUCACCAAAGAUUCCCUAGUUAUACUAAACACAUAUACAUUCUGUGUAUAUUUAUCAUAUGCGGACAAAUUGUUGCCGAGGAUAUAGAUUGAUCUAAAUUUACUUGAAUUUUUUAAGUAUUAACGACAAAGAUCAAAAGUGAUGCGACUAAGCGACCUAUAUUGUUAGGGUGGUCCGGAGACCUCUCGAGGUUGUAGUACCAUAGCCGCAUUACUUGUGUAAAAUUAAUGUGUACUAUGUCAAAAGUCAAUAACGAAGGAUAUAAGAUUAAAAGCAAAAUUUCCAAAAUAAGAUGAUCAACAGCUUUUUACGCCUUUAAAUGCAUUUCUUCACACAACUACACGAACACCUGAUUUUUUUCAAUAAAAUUAAAACUAGAAGAGUUUGCUAAAACUGCUGUUCAAGUAUGUUGUGAAUAAUUAAAAAACACAUAUUUUGAAAAUUUAUUCAUCACACUGCUCAAGUCGGCUGGGAAUACUACUUGACAAACAGCUACAGAAGCGAUUGUGUUAUCGUCUUUAAACGAAUCAAAUAAGCUGAUGUUUGAUGCUAAUGAUACAAAUACUGCUUUUAUUACGAUUUUGGCUAUUAUUUAUUUAUAUAAUAAUUAUUAACCCAGAAAAAUUACCACAUUAUAAACAUUACUAUACACUGCAUGUACGCAGUCCUUCUGAAAGUCAUGCAAGAGCUUACACGAUCAACCAUUUUCUUUCAUUCCUGCUGCUUUGGAGCAAUUCUUUAGCUGUUUGUCAAGUAAUGUUCCUUGCCCCCCUUGGGCAGUGGGGUGAAUUUUGUUAAAUUUUUCCAAUAUUCUGUUACACUUAACCUUUCUAAAAAACCGGAAUGGAUUAUUUUUACACUAGGUUUUCGAUUUUCUAUACCCAUGUAAAGCUAUUUAAGUCCAAUAUUUGCCAUCUUUUCACUUUGAUUAUUCAUUUCUAUUACUGCUUGUGGGUGUCGCAUAUCCAAAACAAAUAUAUUAUUGAAAAAGUUAUCAAAAUUGCUGUAAUGCAUAACAAAUUGGAAUGAAUACAUGCGAUAAAAAAAUACUAAAAAUCAAAAUAUGAAAAAUUCGUGUCUUUCCCGUAAAAACUACAUGUCAGGGAACUAAAACCGAAUACUUCACUACUUCAAAAAUAUAUUUAUGUUCAAAAAAGUUGUCUUAAGCUACUUGUAAUUUUGAACGAUUUUUAAAAUCAUUAUAGUAGCGGAGAAAAAUAUUUUUCGUAGGUGUUCGUAAAGUAAUGUUAUAUAGAGCAAUUUUGCAGGUACCAAAAUCAAUUGUUAAAUUGUACGUAAACUUAUACUUUUUUCUUCAAAAUGUGUGUUUUUUUUUAUUUUAUACAACUUACUUGAACAUCAGUUUUAGCCAACUGUUCUAGUUUCUAUUUUAUUCUAAAAAACAAGUGUUCGUAUAGUUGUGUUAAGGACUGUAUAGGGCCAGAACUUUCACCCAAGGGAUUGCACCACAGUCCUUUGUGGUUUGUCCACAUCUUUUUUGAACAAUGUUCUCGAGUGCUGUCUUAAGCACUUAGAAGUGAAGAGCAAAAAAAUGAAAUUGGAUUAUUUUAUGCAACAGACAGCGCAUGCCCUUUUGUCUUCGAGACAACUAAACGUUAGCGAGAAGCUAAUUCCGCCCCACCAUGUUUCAAAAUAUUUCAAAAUUGAUCGCCAUGUUGGAUUCAAUCUCCUGCAUUUUAUGUUACAUGGUCAACCACAGCACAGUAUAGACAAUAAGACAUGGCUUAACAGCCUUUCAGAUAUAGAUGCAAACGUUGUAUUAGUAGUCAGUAACAUGAAAUUACGGAAUGUUCCAAUAGCUAUUUAAAUAAAUAGCUUUCAAGUACUGCAUGACAUGUCUUUAAACAAUAAAGUAGGUUGCAGGAAAUGUGGGGCGGUUCGGUAGCCGAGGUAAUAACGGUGCCGAUCUUCACACGGCAGGACCGAGGUUAAAAUCUCACCAGGACCGCCUCCCCGUGCGUAGGGCUGACUACUUUACUGAGGGUAAAAUGAAAUCACAGAAAGUCAGAAAUAGCAGGCCGAGACUUCUAGAGGUUGUAGUGCCAAAGAAGAAGAAGAAGCAGGAAAUGUUUCAAAAUAUUUCUUGUAACAGAACAAAAAUGAUUUGGUGUUACAUUUAUAGUACAUACUGUCCAACACCAUGUAGCUAAAUAUAAUAUAAUGAGAGCCAUUAUGAGGGGCGGUCCGGUGGCCGAGGCGAUAGCGGCGCCGGUCUUCAUACGGCAGGGCCGGGGUUCAAAUCCCAUCAAGACCGCCUCCCCGUGCGUAAGGCUGACUACUUUACUACGGGUAAAAUUAAGUCACAGAAAGCCAGAAAUGGCAGGCCGAGACCUCUCGAGGAGGUUGUAGUGCCAAGGAAGAAGAAGAAGAAGAGAGCCAUUAUAUCGACACAUUAAAGCUCAAAUCACUCUCAGCUACCCAUAAAUUUACACUGACAAACAAACUACCACAUCUUCUUGGCACACUCACAUAGCCAGGUCACCAAUUUGUCUCUAGGAAACUCAUUUUAAGGCUGCAUUAUUUUACGAUUGCAACUGACACCGGACAAGUGUAGCUUAACUUGAUCCUGUCAAGACUAGCUUGCUGUGUUCCUUUUCGCUUCGCGUCGUACCGGUCGCUGACAAGAACCUUCCUGGUGGGACAUGAAUCCGACAUCCGCAGCACGUGCUCCAACCAUCCAUAUACUUCCGGCUUCGGCCACCGUUUGGAUAACUUUUUUUACUAACAGCUCAACUAGCUCGUAGUUUAUUCUGCUUCGUCACACCCCUUACCCACACACAGCAACAAAAGUAGUCCAAACCUACCACUGUUUAAAACUGUCCCCUAGCAGUAUAGUUCAAGUCUCGUGACCUUAGAAGGCUGCCGGAUUUAUCAGUGUGUGACAUAUUUUGCAUUGCGUGUGUUGCUGAAGUCUUUUAGAUUAAUGGAGGAUGUUGAGCCGUUGAUCGGCACGGUAACCCAGAGAAAUCUGUUAUGGUCAUCAAAAACCGUUCCAACUGUUCCAGUCGACACAAGGAAUCCAUACUAAUGUAUGAUCCUCCAUUUUUCGAUCUGAUUUAUAGCAUAGUAGACCACCUUCAAACCGGUUAACAGUUUGUGCGUAGGGAUCUUCUGCUCUAGGGAUUUCGGACCUUUUUUCCCGACACAACCGGUCAAAAGGGAAGGAAGUAAAAAGAAUAUAUAAUCCAGAUCUUGUAAGCUGCACUCAGAAAUAAGAAGACUAAGGAAUUAGACAGACCAGAUUGUCGCUUAUUUGAAUGAUUCAAAAAUCGGACAAUCAGUUAAUUAUUGUUAGUUCCAGAGGCCGGACGCCGGUAUUCACACGGAAUGACCGGGGUUCAAAUCCCAUCCAGACCGUCUCCCAAUACUCAGAUCUGACUACUUUGCUAUGUAUAAAAUCAAGUCACAGAAAGCCAGAAAUGGCAGGCCUUUGACGAUUUUUGUGCCAAGCAAGAAGAAGAUCCAAAAUUUAUAUAUAAAAUCUAUAUGUGCUGGUGUAGAAAUUCUACCACACGUUUACCUCUCGCUCUCCAACAACACAUUAUGGCAAAUAGCGAUUUUGAGAGUGAUACCGCUACGUGCUGUAUUUAACAUCCAGCAGAUCUUGUGAAUAACUUCCGACCGAGAUAGCUUAAGCAUUGGAUGCAAAUCCGGCAAUUUCAAGAUAUGUUACCUGCCCUGAAAGAGCCGUGUUUGAUGCCUUUUAAAUCGAGAGCAGAUUUCCAUGUUCUGUUGGUUUUUGUACUGAAACUUUGGGACACGUGCUGCGUCCUUCUCAGAUCAUUUUCAUUAGCACUCGUCAUUAAACUAUUUCUUCCUGCGUUUAACUCAGGGCUAAAAACAUUAUCUAGGGAAAUUUUCAAUUUUUUUGUGUGUUUAAGGUACAAUUAACCUAGCUGAAUUUAAUUGAUGUGUGCAAAAUCGAUUGCCGUUUGUGUACAGUAGAGUUAUUGUCUAUGUGUGUGUGUUAUGUGAGAUAGGUUAUCGUUUUGGAUUUGGUCAACAUAAUAGUCAACAUUUUAGCAUUAAUAUGUACAUAACCAGUUUAUCAACAUUCAUUGAAAUAUCUAUUUUGUCAAUUGUGCAUAAGGUAUGACAAUGUCAUUUUUGUCUAAAAUAAGUUUAAUAGUCUUAUGUCUUCCACGUAACCUUUACUCUGAUUAGUUGAUUAACUAUGGUUUAGUUAAACCCCAAAUCUAAUACAGUUCUGUACUGUUUUAAUAUAUGCACCUACGACAGACUAAAACGCAUAGCACUUUAACUAGCAUCAUGCGAGCUUAAUGUUGUGCUGGUUUUUGUAUAAGGUGCGAAAUAUUUUAGAUAUUUUAUUUAAUAGCAAUGAUUGGAUAUAUAAUUUCCAAAAAAAUAAUCAAAAACGUCAUUUUCUUUUUCCCAUACAAAUUUCCACGUUUAGGACUUACAAUCUUGUUGAAGCAGAAAAUCUUUACAAUAAUCCUGUAAACAUUCUGACCGGACCUUAUAUUUCAAUCGAUAACGCACAUGACUGAACAACAAUGCUCGCAAGGCAUGCUACGGGUUCCCAGCUCGUCUAGACUGAGCUGCCCUUAUAUGCCGUAGAUCUACUAUCUAUGUGUUAGUAAAUUAAGUGACAGAUAGACCACCUGUUGUUAAGGCAAACCAAAACCAACAAAGACCGAAAGCGUAGAAGAAAUGAAAGAGGAACAGGAUUUUCCCAGAGCUCGUAUAGAACGAACCGUUGUGCAUGGUAUUGUUCUCCUUCGUUCACCACCACGUUUUCAAUGAGUUUCAAAUAGAACGUCACAACCGAUAUAUGAGCCACACUGUCACUAUGUAGCAUACCAGCUUAACGUUAGCAACGUGAAUGAAUGAAUGUACCGGUAACAAACUGGAACAAUAGUCUUUAAUUCUCUCCCCCCCCCCCCCCCCUCUUUUUGCAUGGUAAACAUGAUUUGUUCGACAAGAAUGUAAGCGAGAAGACAAAUUAGAACUUCUGCAUUGUUCACGUGCGAGUAUUUUCUGUCUCCAACGGUUGACAUGUAACAACUACCAAUUUAACUUUUACCAUAUUAGUCGGAUACGCUCAGUGAGAAACUAUAAUAAUACUUGAUUUGCUUAGUCAAUGCUACAGCAAUUGAAUCGUUUGUGUAAAGAAAAAGCUGUAAGAGCCAGGAGCUACUAUAAAGUGUGUGGGUUUGUGUUUAAUAGUAUACCUUGUUCUUAACCGUAUUGUCUAUUACACUUUUAAUAUUUGGUUAUACGUUUCUAAGUAAUUAAAUUAGCCAAUAAACCUACCCAUUGAAUGUUUACAAAAUAAAAACAACAUGAGUAAAAAAAAAAUACUGGUAGUUGCAGGUCAUACGUCAAUCGAAUGUACAUGAGCAAAUAGCGAGCUCAGCAUUCAAACAAUAAUAAACAAUAAUAGGUACAUCAUUAAGUUUGUAGCUAAUAGCGAGGAUAAUCAGAUGAUAUAGAUAAUCAUAAAAUGCAAUUUCCGUUAAUCAAUUGAGAGUAAACUGAAAAAAAUAAUCGACAAUGCAAAAAAAUAAACAUACCAUUGGGCAUACUACGGUAAGAGAAAACUUUAACGAUCAAUUUGAUACUGUAAAUAAAUUGUUGACAUAAACAUUAACAAGCAUUCGAUUCUGAACAAAAUUUCUCAUUAACAGUGUUGUUAUAUAAGGGCGAGAGGAAAUGUUUUCAUUUUACAAAAUGGGAGCGUAUAUCUGCUUUAAAUAGAUUUAUAUUUAUAUGGUUGGUCUAAACGCUGCAAAGGCAUGUAUGGAUAAUACGUUUUAUAUACAUAAUUAUGUAUAUGUGAUAACCGUACAGUUUAAUCAUAAUGUUAGCUAGAUGUAAGUAGCCUUAUACAAAUAAUAAAGUAAUGAAACGAUG